CAUUGGUCGCAGAAGAGAGAGAAGUUGUUGACCUCGCGAUCCAAAGAUCCAGCGCAUCUCUUAAUCGAAUCACGCCGAGAAAAUCAUCAGAAGCUCAAAUCUUUUUUGGUUUUCCCAUCAGAAUUCUAAAAACCCAUUUCCGUGUGUAAGUUUUUUCAUGCAUCUUCCUAUUCUUUUCUCAGAUCUAAAUCGUUUUUCUUUGUUCAUAUUAUAAUGGAUAGUAACUAUUCAGCUAUCCCCAAGAACUCACAUUUAGAAUUGCAAUCACGAUAUGAUUCUGAAAACCCAGCAGUUCCUCCCAAAUCCCAUGUCAAAUUGUCCUCUUUUGAUGAGGAAAGCUUUCUAGAUUCGAAGAAUUUAAAUGGGCAGGAUGGUGGUGAUGACUUUGAUGAUAAUCUUGAUUUUGAUAUUGCUAGUUAUCCCCUUAUUGUUGAGGGGUCUAAACAAGGGUCUGGAAUCUCUGGGGCCGUGUUUAAUCUCACCACUUCUAUCAUUGGGGCUGGGAUUAUGGCUUUGCCUGCUACCAUGAAAGUUCUUGGCUUGGUUUGGGGUUUUAUCUUGAUAAUUUUGAUGGGUAUUUUGUCAGAAAUUAGUGUUGAAUUGUUGGUUAGAUUUUCAGUUUCGUGUAAGGCCUCAUCGUAUGGCGAGGUUGUCCAAUGUGCUUUGGGGAGACCGGCAAGGAUCUUAUCGGAGAUUUGCAUAAUUGUCAACAAUGCAGGCGUGUUGGUGGUGUAUUUGAUAAUUAUGGGUGAUGUUAUGUCUGGUUCACUUCAUCAUAUGGGGGUUUUUGAUCAAUGGUUGGGGCAUGGGGUCUGGGAUCACAGAAUGCUUUUGAUUUUUGCUACGGUGGUGGUUUUUCUAGCACCACUUUGUGCCUUGGAUAAGAUUGAUUCCUUGAGCUUGACUUCAGCUGCAUCUGUAGCUCUUGCAGUUGUGUUUGUUGUGGUUGCUUGUGGCAUUGCGUUUAUUAAGCUUGUUGAAGGGAAAAUCGAGUCUCCGAGGAUGACACCGGAUUUCGGGUCAAAAAAGGCGAUCUUGGAUUUGCUUGUGGUGAUUCCUAUCAUGACCAAUGCUUAUGUUUGCCACUUUAAUGUUCAACCUAUAUAUAAUGAGCUUGAAGGGCCGUCUCCUCAGAAGAUGAAUCGGGUUGGAAGGAUAACAACUGUUCUUUGCGUUGUGAUCUAUUCUUUGACAGCCAUAGCAGGGUAUCUACUCUUUGGGAAAGAUACAGAAUCUGAUAUUCUGACCAACUUUGAUAGGGACCUUGGAAUCCGUUUCAGCUCAGUGCUAAAUUAUAUUGUCAGGGUUGGAUACAUUUUUCAUUUGCUUCUUGUUUUCCCCGUUGUCCAUUUUUCCUUGAGGCAAACUGUGGAUGCCUUGGUGUUUGAGGGAUCGCCUCCACUCACGGAGAGUAGGAAGAGAUGUUUCAUAUUGACACUGGUCCUGUUGGGACUUAUUUAUUUAGGAUCUACCGUGAUUCCCAACAUUUGGACGGCUUUUAAAUUUACAGGGGCAACAACAGCUGUGUCAUUGGGGUUUAUAUUUCCUUCCCUUAUCGCAUUAAAGUUAGGCCGGAAAGGGGACGGUUUGAGCCUUGUAGAGAAGACUUUAUCGUGGUUGAUGUUAAUAAUGGCAAUAGCCGUCAGCAUUGUUGGAAUAAUUGGCAAUGUUUAUAGUCUCAGAAGCAAAUCUGAAUGAUCCUUCUUGUAAAGAUUUGAGAAUGGUUGCUUCUGCCUCUUAAAAAUAUGGUGGUUUUCCGCAGAUUUUCACAGGCAAGACUACUCUUAUUUAUGUGGGUAUGGUGCUGCCUAUGUGAUUUGAACAGUUGAAGGAAAACCGGUACGAGUAGACCCUUGAUCAGGAAGUUAGAAGGUGGGAAGAUGAGUUUGGAAAGGUUGAAGGGGGUGAGGGGGUGUGCCCUUGUUCCAGUUAUAAUUCUGUUUUAUACUUCUGAGGAAUUCUGAUAGGUUGAUUCAGAAUUCAUGGAAUGUUUUGGGAGGAAAAUACUUCUAUAGUCAUUGCCACCACUUGUAGGUUAUAUUGAAAUUAAUUCAAAAGUAGUCACACAAUUGUUUCCUUGGUCCUCAAGUACUUCCCGUUUGUUCCAUUCUUUUUCCCCCACAUUAAAUACUGUUGUAAAUGUAUGAUCAGCAACAUGCUGUUUUGUAAGUGAUACUUUGUUUUUGAUCUCCAAUAAUCAAAAUUUUAUGUUUUUGGAUGA